GGCCAGGCAACAGGGGGCCAAGACGGACUUGAUAGCCAGACAUCAGGGUAUCAAGCCAACAAGACAAGAAAUUCGACGAAGGCAUGGUGGCUAGCUGAGGUGGCCACCCGACUAGGUACCAAACAGCCAUGUAUGGCCCUUAUGAGGCCAUAUGGAGACAAAGUCCCAAGGCCGACUUGGUAGCACCCUAACGGGGUACCAAGCCGGCAGGGUGUAACUUAUCAACUUGAUGAGGCUACAAAGACUAAGUAUGGAGACCAAGCCCCCAUGAUUG